GGAUCGACGCGCUCGGCGCUCGCGGCAGGCGGAAGUACGGUGCUGUGGUGCGGCGGCCGCGGCUCCUGGUUGUGGCGACGUCGGCCAGCAUCCGGGAGCCCCUGCCGUGGGCAGCGGCCUGGGGCUGGAGUAGGUCACUUCUGUAGCUAGAUCACCAGCUUGCUGCACCCACCACGAUGUCGCGGUCACGACAGCCCCCCCUUGUGACAGGCAUCUCUCCGAAUGAAGGAAUCCCAUGGACAAAGGUCACCAUCCGAGGGGAGAACCUGGGUACUGGCUCCACUGACCUCAUAGGCUUGACCAUUUGUGGACAUAACUGCCUCCUGACAGCAGAGUGGAUGUCUGCGAGUAAGAUAGUGUGUCGCGUGGGACAAGCCAAAGACGACAAAGGGGGCAUCAUCGUCACCACCAAGUCAGGCGGCCGAGGAACGUCAACAGUCUCUUUCAAGCUACUCAAACCUGAAAAAAUAGGCAUUUUAGACCAGUCUGCUGUGUGGGUUGAUGAGAUGAAUUAUUAUGACAUGCGCACCGACAGGAAUAAAGGAAUCCCUCCUCUGUCCCUCCGCCCUGCAAAUCCCCUUGGCAUUGAAAUUGAAAAAAGUAAAUUUUCUCAGAAGGAAUUAGAAAUGCUGUUCCAUGGAAUGAGUGCCGAUUUCACAAGCGAGAACUUCUCAGCUGCCUGGUAUCUCAUAGAGAACCACUCAACCACCAGUUUUGAGCAACUCAAGGCGGCAGUGGCCAACCUGAAGCGGCAGGCCAACAAGAAGAGUGAGGGCAGCCUGGCCUGUGUCAAGGGGGGGCUCAGCACGUUCUUUGAAGCGCAGGACGCCCUCUCAGCCAUCCAUCAAAAACUAGAAGCAGAUGGAACGGAAAAAGUAGAAGGAUCCAUGACACAGAAACUGGAAAACGUUCUCAACAGAGCAAGUAAUACAGCAGAUGCGUUGUUUCAGGAAGUGCUGGGUCGGAAGGAUAAGGCAGACUCCACAAGAAAUGCGCUCAAUGUGCUUCAGCGCUUUAAGUUUCUCUUCAACCUUCCACUAAAUAUUGAAAGGAAUAUUCAAAAGGGUGAUUAUGAUGUGGUUAUUAAUGAUUAUGAAAAGGCCAAGUCACUCUUCGGGAAAACGGAGGUGCAAGUUUUCAAGAAAUAUUAUGCUGAAGUAGAAACACGUAUUGAAGCUUUACAAGAAUUACUCCUGGAUAAAUUGCUUGAGACGCCAUCGACCUUACAUGACCAAAAACGUUACAUAAGGUAUCUGUCUGACUUGCGUGCGCCCGGCGACCCUGCGUGGCAGUGCAUUGGUGCCCAGCACAGGUGGAUCCUCCAUCUCAUGCACAGCUGCAAGGAGGGCUACGUGAAAGACCUGAAAGGUAACCCCAGCCUACACAGCCCCCUGCUGGACCUGGACAGUGACCCCCGCCCCCCUGUGCUAAGCCACCUCGGGCAGACAGCAUCGCUGAAGAGGGGCAGCAGCUUCCAAUGUGGCCGCGACGACACUUGGAGGUACAAAACUCCCCACAGGGUGGCAUUUGCUGAAAAAUUGACCAAGCUUGUUUUAAGCCAGCUGCCUAAUUUUUGGAAACUCUGGAUUUCCUAUGCCAACGGAAGCUUGUUCAGCGAGACUGCUGAGAAGUCAGGACAGUUUGAACGAUCGAAGAAUGUGAGACAGAGACAGAGUGAUUUCAAAAAGAUGAUUCAGGAAGUCAUGCAGGCCCUGGUGAAGCUGCUGCGCGGUGCCCUGCUGCCCCUCAGUGUGCGGGAGGUGGAGGCACGGCAGUACGGGGGCUGGGAGGUCAGGGCCGAGCUCUCAGGCGAAUGGCUCGCCCAUGUCACCCAGACUCUGCGCCUCACUUACGAGUCUCUGACUGCCCUUGAGAUCCCUAACGAUGUGCUGCAGGCCGUCCAGGACCUCAUUUUGGACUUGCGCAUCCGCUGCGUGGUGGUUACCCUGCAGCACACAGCAGAAGAAAUAAAACGAUUAGCUGAAAAAGAGGACUGGAUUGUCGAUAAUGAAGGGCUGACUUCUCUUCCGAGCCAGUUUGAGCAGUGCAUCGUGCACUCACUGCAGUCAUUGAAGGGUGUGUUGGAGUGCAAACCUGGAGAAGCCAGUGUCUUUCAGCAGCCUAAAACGCAGGAGGAGGUUUGCCAGCUGAGCACCAACAUCAUGCAGGUUUUCAUAUACUGUCUGGAACAGUUGAGCACCAAGCCUGAUGCGGACAUAGAUACAACACACCUCUCCAUAGACAUCUCUUCUCCUGAUCUGUUUGGAAGCAGCCAGGAAGACUUCUGUUUGACUUCUGAACAGCGACUUUUGAUAGUCCUGAGUAACUGCUGCUAUCUAGAACGUCAUACCUUCCUGAAUAUCGUGGAAUACUUUGAAAAGCACAACUUCCAGGGAAUAGAAAAAAUGACCCAGGUUAGCAUGGCCUCACUGAAAGAACUUGACCAAAGACUCUUUGAGAACUACAUUGAGCUGAAGGCAGAUCCCAUUGUCGGCUCCUUGGAACCUGGGAUUUAUGCAGGCUACUUUGACUGGAAAGACUGCCUGCCUCCCACAGGUGUCAGAAACUACUUAAAAGAAGCGCUGGUGAACAUAAUCGCAGUCCACGCAGAGGUGUUCACCAUCUCCAAGGCGCUGGUGCCGAGGGUGCUGUCCAGGGUAGUGGAGGCUGUCUCUGAGGAGCUGAGCCGGCUGAUGCAGUGUGUGGCGUCCUUCAGCAGGCACGGAGCCUUGCAGGCGAGACUUGAAAUCUGUGCCUUGAGAGACACCGUGGCUGUGUACCUGACACCAGAAAGCAAGUCCAGUUUCAAACAGGCUUUGGAAGCCCUGCCUCAACUCGCGAGUGGAGCGGAUAAAAAGCUCCUGGAAGAGCUGCUGAACAAGUUCAAGAGCAGCAUGCACCUGCAGCUCGCCUGCUUCCAGGCCACCACCGCAGCACUGGUGAAGACCUGAGGGCGCAUGGGAGUGGGCCCCGGCUUAGCAGCAGCAUGGAAAGGUGGUGGUCUGUGCUGUCGCUCCAGCCAGAAGUGCCCGAGCAGAAUGGGAUCUCUGUGGCUGUUCAGCAUGCCGUUAAAGCCCAUUUUUUUGCCCUUAGCUCACUCAACAUGAGUAGCAAGAGGGCCUCCGGGAGAGUGCCGUGGUGCCUGCUGCCGAGAGAGCACUUCUCUGGGCCUUGUCACCACGUGCACAUUUCCAGAACCACAAUGAGAUUGAUAAGAGGUUUGGAAAGUUAUGCUUAGACAUCUUGGGAGCUUCUCUUAUAUUGUACAACUGCAUUUAGAAACUUGCUUUGGUAUAAAAGCCCUAAGUUUCCUAAUUCAAGUGCAUUUUAGGAAACUUACCUGCAUAAAAAGCUAUUACAAUUGGAGUCAGCUAUUUGUGGCUUAGACAUCCAGAAGCUGAUGCUACAUUCUGCUGUACGACCUUUACCUUUCCUGCUCUGUCCUGGGCCCUGUGUCAGCUGUCACACCGUGCGGGUGUGGGGUGCCGGUCACACCCACGGCACGGCGGGGAUGGCACCCCCUGUCCUCCUUAGCGCCUGCCCCUCGGCAGCUCAUUCUCUCUGCCUCCCUUCACUCGAAGCAUCUCCUGCAGAGCUGGGUGAGUGACACUCUGUUCGCUGAGGACACAAGGCAGGCACGUGGUCGUCAUGCAGCAGCAGUGCCCUGGGAGUCCUCCUCCUCCAUUGCUGCGUGUAACAUCUGUAGCAAUACUGGUAGUACAGAAAAUCCUGGUAGCUUCAGGGGAUGGUACUAACCAUGUCUUGUUUGGGACAGGGAAAUGGAAUGUGUGUUCUGUUGGAACUGAAGUGAACGUACGUUUACCUUUUUACACACAGCCUAGAGAAAGCCAUAGAAGGAUGUGGCGUAGUGCGUCUCGUCAGUGUAUUGACAACAGUGUCUUGCAUGACUAAGUGAGAAAAGGACACUCCUGAGUGUUAACUCAUGUACCACAUUCAGCCAAUAAAGAAUCCAUCUUUUGGAAGAUA